AAGCGCGCGCGCACGCCACCGCGUUUUAGGUUAGAAUUGGCGCGGUUUCGCUGGCCAGGUGCACUCGCCGCCCCCGCUCGCACGCCGCGCUCCGUCUCUCUCUCGCUACCUGACAGCUGUUUUCUCUCGGGAGAUUAUUAGUCAGAUGUUUCUGUGAACCAGUCGGUGCUCACCUGACGCGAUACUAUGGCAGCGGGCGGACGUACACCCAAGCAACGGAGGUUCGAGAUGUCUACUAGUAUGGCUCUAAGAACUGCAAAUACGCCUAGAAGGAGACGGGGUAGCUGCAAGUGUUUGUUCGGAGCCCCGGAUAGAGAUGAAACUAGGCGUCUCAUGGCGGAACAGUAUGCUAGAGAUAGAAAAAGAUUCAUCCGAAGAUUCAACUUCGACGUCGAAACGGAAUGCUCUUAUAAGGGCAGCAAAUUGGACUCGCCUGUUAAGUUUUGUGAACAAGAUAAGGAAAAUGGAAGUCCUAGGACGGGGGCAGAGGCGUUAGCGUGUGUUGAAAACACUGAUCUCCGUAUGCUAGGGUCGCCUUCGAGACGCAGUGCUGGUAGCUCGCCAAGAACCCCGUCGAAGACUCCUAGAACUCCGAAGACUCCUCGUGCAUCGAGAACUCCGAGGACCCCGCGUACUCCAGCGUCUAGAAGACAAUUGCAAAUGACAGAUUACUGGACGUUAAGAAAACAUGCGGAUUCAGCGUCGAGUGACAAAGAAAACUAAUUUAAAUUAAGAAUAAAAAAUAUUGAUAUAUGACAUAUCAUGUUCUAAAUUAUUAGAGAGAACCAAUUUAUAAAAUAUUUAAUAUAAUAAGUCUAGUGUAGGUUGUUAUUGAUUUCAAACAAAAUGCAUCAAUACACAUUAAUUAGUUUGCUUGUCGUUUAUUCUAUCAAAUAUAAGUAAUUAAAUAAAUAUUCAUCGUAUUUAUAAAAUAAUUUGUAAUAAAUCAGAAGUAAUAACUUAUGAAUUGUGCAGUAAUGCUUAAAAUGGUUUCUAUAGUAAAAAUAUUAGGCAUAAAAAUUAAAAAAAUAAUGACAUUUGUAGUUUAAGAGGCUAAAAUGUAUUUUGGAAUAUGGAAAAUUAUCAAGGAUUUUUUUUAUUCAAUUAUGUAAUUAAUAUUAUAAUUUACAUUAACAAAAAAUGUAUACAAGAUUUAUGAUAUGUCCAUUAGAACUAGAACAAUAAUUAAGUUCCCUUUAUGUAGAAUCUAGUCUGUGAUCUCUGCAAUAAUAUUUUUUUUAACUUUGCGUAAAACUUGAAUAGGUAUAAGAUAUCAUAAACCUAUAUAAACAUAUUAAAGCUUCCUAAUAAUUUCUUAGUUGUAAGUUAUUUUAGUUUUUUUUUUUUUAUAAAUCAAUUGACACAGAUACAAUUAUUUAUGUUAUCUGUGGUCACAACUUAAUGUAAUAAAUCCGAAUGAAAUUGAACUUUCGUUUCUUUUUUUGUUAUUAUAAUUUUCAUUUAAUAUAUUUUAUGAAUAUAGUACAUACUAUGAAAUAAUCCACCGUAAUAAUGCCGUAGGCAAUUAUAAACCACCGAAUAUUUAAACUUAAAUAAAAAAUUGCUCUUAGCAAAUCUUGUAUUUUGCAGGGUUACCACACGAUGAAGUUAUAAUAGCAAUAUGAUGGCAACAUUAAAAAAUAGAACGAUUUCAUCUUGAGGUUUUAUAACGUGGCCUGUGCUCUGUCAGUUUAAUAAUAUAUUAUCCUAAAAUAACUUAAUGUGUGAGGCCAAAUCUUAAUUGAAUUAAGUAUAAUAAAUAACACUUUAUACGGAAAAAGUAAAUGUUGUA